AUGAUUCAUCGUCACGUCAAGCUCUUGCUGGUAUCGGUCUUGCUGCAGGCCGCUUCGGUCGUUCCGUUGGCCGUGCUUCCGCAAGACGGUGCGGUCGAUAAUCGAGACGGCGGCCUCCAAAACUCUGUCUAUUUUACCAACCGGGGAAUCUAUGGCCGGAAUUACCAACCUUCGGACCUCCCAGCGUCUGACAUCUCUCAUGUCCUCUACGCAUUCCUGAACCUGAGGGCGGAUGGUACAGUGUACCAAUUGUAUCUUCUAAAGAAAAAGAAUCGCAACCUCAAGCUCAUGCUGUCCAUCGGUGGUUGGACUUGGUCCUCCAACUUCCCUUCGGCAGCCAGCACGCCCGCCAACAGGCAGACGUUUGCCAAGACGGCCGUCACUUUCAUGAAGGACUGGGGAUUCGACGGCAUCGAUGUCGACUGGGAGUAUCCUGCCGAUGAUGUCCAGGCCGCCAACCAGGUUCUCCUCCUGCAAGCCAUUCGGGAUGAGUUGGAUGCGUACGCGGCGGUGCACGCCAAAGGCCAUCACUUCCUCCUCUCCAUCGCCGCUCCCGCAGGGCCUCAAAACUACGAGAAACUUCAAAUGGCACAGUUGGGCGGUGUCCUGGAUUUCAUCAACCUCAUGGCGUAUGACUUUGCCGGAAGCUGGGGUGUCAACAGUGGACAUCAGGCGAACCUGUUUGCCGAUGGCCAGAAUAGGAACGCGACCCCGUUCGACGCUGACACUGCCGUUCAAGCCUAUAUCAAGGGGGGCGUGCCGGCUCGCAAGCUGGUUCUCGGCAUGCCCAUCUACGGUCGGUCGUUUGAGAAUACGGCGGGCAUCGGCAAGCCCUUUUCGGGAAUCGGACCAGGCGGCGGAUUCGAAGCAGGAAUCUGGAACUACAAGGACUUGCCCAGGGCCGGGGCAACAGUCAUUUACGAUGAUGUUGCCAAGGCCAGCUAUAGUUAUGACGCGGUGACGCAGGAGCUCAUCACCUUUGACACGUCCGACCUGGUGAAGACAAAAGUAUCGUACCUCAUGGGACGGGGCCUUGGCGGCAGCAUGUUUUGGGAAGCCUCGGGCGACAGGAAGGGUUCAGAUUCGCUGGUUUUGACAAGUCGGGCGUCGCUUGGGUCGCUCGACAGCACGAGCAACCAUCUCGAUUACCCGGACUCGCGGUACGACAACAUCAAGAAGGGGAUGGACUAA